AUGACCAAGGCCCCUUUCUCUGUGGAGUGGCUCUCCCAGAGCAGCCAGGCACUCAAGAGCUCCAUCGAGAACUCCCCGCACGGAAUAUCCUCUGUGGGCCACCGGACCGGCUCUCAGCAUGGCUUGAGCGAGCGGAGUAAGGAGAAGUCCGCCGGCCCUCGGGCCGGGAGAGGCAGCAGAAGCAGGGAGCGCCUGGCGACCCCCCCAGCAACAGGAGCUGGUGGGCAGCCCCAGCCGGAGGCUGGUCUCGAGUGCUCGAGUGCGGAGGAGCCCGGUGGCAGGGGCGGGCGGCGGCUGCGCACGGCCUUCAGCGCAGAGCAGAUCAGCACUCUGGAGAGCUCCUUCCAGCGCCAGCAGUACCUGGGCGCCGCUGAGCGCCGCAAGCUGGCGGGCAGGAUGAGGCUCUCGGAGGUGCAGAUCAAGACCUGGUUUCAGAACCGUCGGAUGAAGCUCAAGCGGCAGCUGCAGGAACUGAGGACGGAACCUUUCUGCAGCCCUCCAAUCCCUUACGGACCCCAGAGCGGCGUUGUGCCCUUGCCGCUGACAUACGUGGCCCGGCCACCACCUCUGCCCCAGCAAGGCGCUGCCUCUGGAGGUUUCACCUUGGCGGCUCUUCCGACACCCACCCUGGACUUCAGCAGCGCCUGCAGAGCGCAACCUGUGGGCUUUUGGGCGGCACCCUGUUUUGUAGGUUACAGGGAUCCCAGAGCUUUCUUGCUGGGUGUCUGACCUUCUGAUAUGGACUGUGACUAAGGAGGAUUUGCACUACUGAUAGCUGUCUAGGCUGCCGUGUCUGUAACUGCCUGGUAAGUGUUACAGUGCAGCACUGAACAAAAUACUUUACAGCAACACACUGGACAAUCUGAAUCACGGACUUCAGGCCCCGGCAUUUAUAGGCAAUUGUGUACAAUAGAAACACUGUGGAGCAAACACUAAUAUAAAUUGAUUUUUUUUUUAAAUAAAUCUAAACUGUUUCAAGCUUUGCUGUCAGUUCCUUCCACAAGAAUUGUGGAGCUAUUUAUCCUGCCCUAAAAGACAGCUCCUCUUAAUUAAAGGAAGCAUAGUCUCCAUGUAAUCUAUCUGUUCUGUGCCCCUGCAAUUUACCAAGGACGCAUGCAAAAGAGCAUGAAAUUUUCCCUGUCCUCUAAAGCAGGUAUUCAAGCCCUUUAGCUAUUUCAUAGAUGACACUUUCUCUGAAAGGACUGUGCUUUUAAUCAAAUGUGUGCAUACAGCUGCUUACUAGUACUUAAUGCUGGUCUUUCUACAGUAGCAGAACAGAUGCUGUAUGUUGGAGCUCUUUAAUAUAUAGAAUGUGAUUUUAAGAUGUAAAAAGUUACUUUCUAAAUAAAUAUGUAAAUGUAUUUUUGCACUUUCAUGUGCAGCCUCAGUAGACUAGUAAGAAACUUUUUGUCUAAAUAGAUCUUGGAAAGACUCUAGCCUUGAAACUUAUUAAAAAGAAAUGCCUUGGCAUCUCACAUACAACUAAUGGGCUAUGAUGGUGGUGGUCAAAAGAAAUGUAAUACUCCAAAGCUGAUUUUCCUUAAGUAGCAGUAAAUUUUGUCACCAUUGUGCUAUGCACCUUUUAAACUUAAAUGAUGCUCUAAGAAUUUGAAGAUCAAAAUGUUCUGAAUUCAGGCUAGAGAAAGGGCUCUGAGAAAUGAUCCUUGACUGAUGUAAGCUGCCAUAAAUCUCUUAGAAUCAAUUGUCAACUAACAUGAAAAGAGUAAUAAAAAUUUCCAUCACUUAAGAAUUGAUCUUGGAAGUUAUUCGAACAUUUCCAGUGCACUUGUAAUCUGGGUUCAUAUAAUGCAUGGUCUGAAGAAAGUUCUCCACAUUGCUCAUCCUUGAACACACUUAUUUUCUUUUCUAUACAGGGACCAAUCUGCCACUCAGUACACUUGCCUGGUUAAAGCUGCUGCUUAAGACUGUGGUCUUGAUUUUCCGAGUAGCUGUCACAUCUGGAAGUCUCCUUAAUUGUGUUGUAAUCCAUGCUGUAUUUUUCUAGCCUGUUGAAAUAUUAAUAUUUGCUUGCAGUUGCACAGUUAAUGUGUCUGCAAUGCAAGAGUUUCAGAAAACUAAUAAGGGCUCAGGUGCUAUCAAUCUUUCUGAAAUCUCUUCAGGACUGUGAUGUAGUUUGGGAUUAGAAAAAUUUGUUGACACUAGAUAAAUUGUUCCAUUGAGUGGAAGUUUUUUUUUCUCCAAGUAUUAAUGAAUAGCUAUACUGAUUUG